AGGGGCUAGGAGAUGCACUGCAGACGUGGGCUUGGAAUUUUACACCUUGUGUCUUCUUGCCCACAGGUGAUAACCCCAAUGAGGACAGGCCAUGGCUACGUGUACGAGUACCCAUCCAGAUACCAAAAAGACGUCUACGACAUCCCUCCUUCCCAUACCACCCAAGGGGUAUAUGACAUCCCUGCCUCGUCAGUGAAAGGCCCUGCGUUUUUAGUUCCAGUAGGAGAGAUAAAACCUCAAGGAGUGUAUGACAUCCUCCCUCCUAAAGGGGUAUAUGCCAUUCCACCUUCCGCUUGCCGAGACGAAGCACGGCUCAAGGAAAAAGAGUAUGACUUCCCACCUCCAGUGAGACAAGCUGGAAGGCCGGACGUGAGGCCCGAGGGGGCUUAUGACAUCCCCCCAACCAACACCAAGCCAUUGGGGAAGGACCUUCCCAUCACAUAUAACUGUGAUGUUCCAGGAGCUGCUGAAGCAGUGGCGUGGAGACACCCAGGCCUGCCCCUGAACUACCCGCCUCCACCGCUGGGACCACCGAUGGGCGUUCAGAGCGAUGCCUAUGAUGUUCCCCGGGGAGUCCAGUUUCUUGAGCCAGCAGCAGAAACUGGUGAGAAAGCAAGUCCUGAAGACAGAGACGGUGUGUACGAUGUCCCUCUGCACAACCCACCAGACGCUAAGGGCACUCGGGACGUGGUGGAUGGGAUCAACCGGCUGUCUUUCUCCAGCACGGGCAGUACGAGGAGUAACAUGUCCACGUCCUCCACCUCCUCCAAGGAGUCCUCCUUGUCAGCCUCCCCAUCUCAGGACAAAAGGCUCUUCCUGGAUCCAGACACAGCCAUCGAGAGACUUCACCGGCUCCAGCAGGCCCUGGAGAUGGGCGUCUCCAGCCUGAUGGCGCUGGUGACCACAGACUGGCGGUGUUACGGAUACAUGGAAAGACACGUCAAUGAGAUACGCACCGCGGUGGACAAGGUGGAGCUGUUCCUCAGGGAGUACCUCCAUUUCUCCAAGGGAGCCGUAGCAAAUGCCUCCCGCCUCCCAGAACUCGUCCUCCACAACAAGAUGAAGCGGGAGCUCCAAAGAGUCGAGGACUCCCACCAGAUCCUAAGCCAGACCAGCCAUGACUUAAAUGAGUGCAGCUGGUCCCUGAAUAUCCUGGCCAUCAACAAGCCCCACAACAAGUGUGAUGACCUUGACCGGUUUGUGAUGGUGGCAAAGACAGUGCCGGAUGACACCAAGCAGCUCACCACAACCAUCAACACCAACGCAGAAUCCCUGUUCAGACCAGGCCCAGGCAGCUCACAUCUGAAGAAUGGGCCCGAGAGCAUCAUGAACUCAACUGAGUUCCCACACAGGGCCUCCCAGAUGCAGCUGCUGCCUCCUGGGGACCAGAAGGCCCAGGCCCACAGCAAGCCAUUGCCCUCAAGCCUGGGCAAGGAGCAGCCACCUGACUGCAGCAGCAGUGAUGGCUCUGAGAGGAGCUGGAUGGAUGAUUAUGAUUAUGUCCACCUACAGGGUAAGGAGGAGUUUGAGAGGCAGCAGAAAGAGCUACUGGAAAAAGAGAAUAUCAUCAAACAGAACGAGAUGCAGCUGGAACAUCAUCAGCUGAGCCAGUUCCAGCUGUUGGAACAAGAAAUUACAAAGCCGGUGGAGAAUGACAUCUCCAAGUGGAAGCCGUCUCAGAGCCUCCCGACCACACACGGCAGCGUGGGAGCUCAGGAUCGGCAGCUGCUGUGCUUCUACUAUGACCAGUGUGAGACCCACUUCAUUUCCCUUCUCAACGCCAUCGAUGCCCUCUUCAGUUGUGUCAGCUCGGCCCAGCCCCCGCGGAUCUUCGUGGCACACAGCAAAUUUGUCAUCCUCAGUGCACACAAACUGGUGUUCAUUGGAGACACACUGACGAGACAAGUGGCUGCCCAGGACAUUCGCAACAAAGUGAUGAACUCCAGCAACCAGCUGUGCGAACAGCUCAAGACUAUAGUCAUGGCGACCAAGAUGGCGGCCCUGCACUACCCCAGCACUCCCGCCCUGCAGGAGAUGGUCCACCAGGUGACAGACCUGUCCCGGAAUGCUCAGCUGUUCAAGCGUUCUUUGCUAGAGAUGGCAACGUUCUGAGAGGAAAAGGAGGAAGAAGGGACUGAGUUAUUGGUUGCUAAGGAAAACUGGAAAUACUGUCUGGUUUUUGUAAAUGUUAUCUAUUUUUGUAGAUAUUUUAUAUGAAAGUGAAAUAUUUUAACAUUUUGUGAAUUAGACAACUUUCAGAAAUUCAGGGAGUGGGAGAGGAAAAUCUUUUUUUUUUUUUUGCCGUGUCGUUCUUGGGUAUAGAUAUAAGCAUCUGAGACCUAAAGUGUACAGAAACUGUCUACGUGCUCGUGUAUGCCUGUGUAUUCAUGUUUGUUUGUAGUUGUUUGUCUGAUACAUUCCAUUAAAAAAAAAAACAUGAAUUAAGAAGCA